UUAGACGAUCGCGAAUACGGCGGUCGUGUUAGUGUCUCCGGCUAAAUAUAGUUUCCAUACAAAUGGAGGUCCGGAAAUACAAAUACUGGAUUAUUUUAGUGGCGGUUCUACUUGCUAUUUUUAUACCGAUAAGUAUCUAUUAUUUCAGCACUGAUAACAGCGAAGAUAAUGGUCCAAUAAGCAAGCUAAUAAUAGACCACGAUGGCGGAGCGGACGACGCCAUGGCUAUAUUCAUGGCUCUUCUUUAUGAACAAUAUUUUAAUGGCCCAACGCUCAUAGCACUGACAACUACUCACGGCAACGUGAACGAAAGCCAAGCAUUCCUGAACACCCAAAGAGUAUUAGACAUAGCUGGGAGGCGUGAUGUCCCAAUAUAUCGUGGCAGCAAGUCCUCCCUAGUGAUGUCAGUGCCGGCGGGAGACUGGUUCGGAGUAGACGGCCUGGGCGACAACGUAAACGAGCCCAUUGAGCCCAUUGAAGCCCACUCUAAGCAUGCAGCUUUGGGGAUUAUAAAGCUGGUUAAUAAACAUCCAGGAGAAAUAACAUUAGCUGCUAUCGGCUCACUAACUAAUGUAGCUCUGGCGAUACAAUUGGAACCAGAAUUGAUUAGCCGGCUCUCGCAUCUCUACGUGGGGGCAGGACACGUUUACAGUGAAUCAGAGCCAACUCCAGAGUUCAACGCAGAACAAGACGCGGAAGCAUACCAUGUGAUCAUGCAAAACGCUACCCCGGAUAAAGUGACGAUCCUACCUUUUUCACAAGUUGGAACUAAAAAUAUAACCCGACAAUGGCGAGAGGAAGUUCUAGGAGCCAUACAAACAAAAAUAAUGACGUCUCUAAACCAAUUCGAAAGGAUAUCCUUACAGUACGCGAAUUAUUGGUCGCUGUUGGACCCUAUUGUGUUGGGCGUGCUAUUAAACGAUACCAUAGUCGGGGAUGUCAAAUAUUCCCAGAAUAGCAUCGUUUUGUGCGGUCAAGAAAGAGGCAUUAACACCAACAGUUUUACAACAAAAGAGGAAGCGAAUGUGAAAGUCAUCAACCGGAUUUUUCAAGACGACUUUAAAAAAUUACUUCUAACUAUUUUUUCUGCAGAAUUAUACAAUUAAAAAAAAACUCGUAGCUGUACCUAUAAGAAUUUUAGACUGUGAUUAUAACAAUACGAAAAAAUAUCUUUGUCUUCUUGGCCUG